AGUGAAGCCUUAAGUCAAGACCUGACUGGCUUUAAGAAAUUUGUUGUAAAAUUCAUGAUCACGAUGUCCAAGGAUUUCUCCAUGCGAUCACUGAAGAUAAGUGACAAAACUGAUGAAAAAGAGAAGAACCCAGAUGAAGAUGGUGUUCUAAAAGAAUUUCAGCUCAGCAGACGUUGGGAACAGGCAGCUCACCCCUACAUCAUGUUUAAUGCUGACGACACAUCCAUGACGUUCCUAGGGUUCCACAUUGACCACUUGAAUGCCAUUGAUGCUCGCACUGGAAAGAUUGUAGAGGAGAAGGUCAUUGACAGAAGGCUUUUUCAGCAGUUGAAAACACAAGAAGUUCCAUUUAAUAUCGAUUUUGAGAAGCUUCCCCGGGAGGAACAGCUGGACAUCAUAAGUAGAGUUCUAGGCAUCAACAGCAUCACAGAUCCAGAUGACACAUAUCAGCUGACACUUGAUAACGUGAUGAAAAUCCUUGCCAUUCAUCUGCGAUUUGAAUCUGACAUACCUGUCAUCAUCAUGGGUGAAACUGGAUGUGGGAAGACUCGGCUGGUGCAGUUCAUGUGUGAUCUGCUGAGGUCUGGGAAACCGGGACGAAACAUGAUUGUGGUGAGGGUUCAUGGAGGCACGACAUCAGAGACCAUCUACAGAAAAGUUCAAGAGGCUGUUGACAUUUCAAAACAGAAUGAGACUCAAGGAAUGGACACUAUUCUGUUUUUUGAUGAGGCAAACACAACAGAAGCCAUAAAUGCAAUAAAGGAAGUGAUCUGUGACAAAUCUGUCAAUGGGGAACAGAUGGAUACAUGUCGUCUAAAAAUCAUUGCGGCAUGCAAUCCCUACAGGAAGCACUCGCAGGAAACCAUUGAGCAACUGGAGAAAGCUGGACUGGGGUACAGAGUCAAGUCUGAGAAUACAAAAGAGAAACUAGGACAAAUUCCAAUGAGACAACUGGUCUACAGAGUUCAGCCUUUACCUCCAAGUCUUUCACCACUUGUCUGGGACUUUGGAAAAUUAAACGAGAAGACACAAGAACUGUACAUCCAACAGAUGGUGAAAACAUUCUUCCGAAAAGAAGAACUUCCAACAGAACAAGAGGACUUAUUCACAAAGGUUAUCUCUGCUUCUCAGAUGCACAUGGUUGGGUUAACCGAUGAAUGUAGGAUGGUUAGCCUUCGAGACAUUGAGCGUUGCAUGAACGUUGUCAUGUGGUUUUAUCAGCAAAGGGGCAAGUUAUUUCCUGAAAUUGACAAACAUGGUAGCAAUAGAGAUGUUCCUGAGUUGGUUCGAUCCCUCAUCCUUGCAGUUGGAGUCUGCUACAUGGCAUCUCUAGAACACCGUGAUGAAUACCUGGAAAGGGUUGCCCAAGCGCUGUCUUUGACCUCCGAGGUUAUCAGCACAGAGAUAGAGUCAUGCAAAAAAGUGUUCAUUGACCAUGUGGACUGUCCAGCUUCAGUGGCAAAGAAUGACGCCCUGAAGGAAAAUGUGUUCAUGAUGGUUGUAUGCAUGAAUUUGAGAAUUCCAUUAUUCCUUGUUGGAAAACCUGGGAGUUCUAAAUCAUUGUCCAAAACGAUUGCUGCCCAUGCAAUGCAGGGGAAGAGCUCCCAAAGUGAACUCUUCAAAGGCUUCAAAAAAGUCCAGCUCGCUUCCUUUCAAUGCAGCCCUCACUCCUCCCCUGAUGGCAUCAUCUCUGUGUUCAGACAGUGUGCACAGUUCCAAAAAGACAAGAACCUUGAUGAAUAUGUGUCUGUGGUUGUCCUUGAUGAAAUUGGAUUGGCGGAAGACUCCCCAAAGAUGCCUUUAAAAACACUGCACCCCCUUUUGGAAUUUGGUUGCAUUGAUGAUGAGCAGCCUGAAGACUUCAAAAAGGUUGCAUUCAUUGGGAUUUCCAAUUGGUCACUUGAUCCUGCAAAGAUGAACAGAGGAAUUAUGGUGCUGAAAACAUCCCCAUUGCUUGAAGAGUUGGAGAACACAGCUCGUGCUAUAUGUCCCCAUGGCGAGGAACACAUAGCCUCUCAAAUGAAGAAACUAAUUCCUCAACUGACUGAGUUUUACCAGAAGGUGCUUUGUGAACAGGAACAGUUCAGUGAAUUCUUUGGACUCCGGGACUUUUACAGUCUUGUAAAGCUAAUUGUGUCAUAUGCCAAGGAGACAAAUGGAAGACCUUCAAAUGAGGAUCUUACCAAAGCGGUUCAGCGAAAUUUUGGUGGAUUUGAUUCCAUUGAUAUUCUUAAAAUAUUCUCAGAUGUUUUUGGUGAGAAAACUAAGAAAUGUGACACAACUUCAUUGCUAAGAGAAAACCUGAAAAUGGGAACAUCAGGUUUUAAAUCUAGGUAUCUUCUCCUACCAACAACAAACCAUGCUGCCCUAAACAUUUUGAAACUGCAGGGAAUUAUCAAUGAAGACAACACUGAGGUCAUUUUCGGGUCAGGUUUCCCACAUGAUGAAGAAUAUUCCCAAGUUUGCCGAACUGUGAACAGAGUGAAGACAUGUAUGGAGACUGGAAGGGCAGUCAUUCUGCUGAAUAUUCAGGGUCUCUAUGAGAGUCUCUAUGAUGCCCUGAAUCAAUGCUACGUCAAGUUAGGGGGGAGUUACUAUGUGGACAUUGGGCUUGGUUCCCAUCGUGUCAAAUGCAAAGUAAGGGAUGAAUUCCGCCUCAUUGUCAUUGAAGAGAAGAGCACAGUGUAUGAACAGUUCCCUACUCCACUUUUGAACCGUCUGGAGAAACACUGUCUGGAGAUUAGCAGCAUCCUCCCACCCCAUGCUAAGGAAAUGCAGAAUGAACUGGAGAAUUGGUUAAAGACUCUUGUGACAACUGGAAUGGAUCAAUCAGAAGGAGCGACAGACAUCUCAAGGAAAAAGCAUGACACCAUCGUAGGAUACACUGAAGACACAUGUGCAUCUGUGCUUUUGCAGUGCUGUCCAGACAUUGUGUCUCAGGAACCUGAUGGUGCAGGCAGAAAAGAAAUUAUUGACUUGGCCAAGGAAACGCUAAUUCAGUGUGCAACUCCUGACUCAUUGUUGAGAGCAAAGCAUAGUUUGGCAGUUCAUGACGCCUUACUAGAGGGAUAUUUUGUCAAACAGCCUCAUGGCAACAUGAUGAAGACCUUGAAGGAAUACAGAGAAGAGGACCCAAGAGGACUCAAUCUUGAGGUGUCCACAUUUUCCCGUCUCCUCAACAAAAGAGAUUUGGAGCAAAUCUACAACCAUCUUAGCAUUGGAGAGGAUGACUCUUGCCUCUACCUGCUCAAUGAAUUUUACACAGAGCAGUCAUUUUCUCAGACCCUGAGGUAGGUCCCUUUCAAA